AUGAGUAUUGAUAACGAAUCUAUUGAAGUAUCUCCCUUUUUUGCUUCUUCUAAACCGCUUCCUAUUCAAACAUCGAAUACAACCUCUUCUUCUUCUUCUUCUCCUCCUCCACCAUUACCUAUACCUGAUCAUUCUUCUCAACCGAAUUAUCCAUGGAGUAGAGAUGUUCGCAAAGCACUUGUCCAAAACUUUAAAUUAUCUGAAUUUCGACCUAAUCAACUUGAAGCUAUCAAUACCACACUGAAAGGUGAAGAUGUCUUUGUGUUGAUGCCUACAGGGGGUGGUAAAAGUCUUUGUUAUCAAUUACCUGCUAUCAUUCAACGUUACGAGCGUCAAGGUGUUACCUUUGUUGUCUCUCCCCUAUUAUCUUUAAUGCAAGAUCAAGUAGAGCAGUUAGUGAAUGGGAAAGGGAUUGCUGCUGGUAUGCUUAAUAGUACUGUUCCUGUUUCGCAAAAGAAAUGGAUAUUUAGUGAUCUUCAUAAGUCUGUUCCCAUGACACAAUUACUAUAUAUUACACCUGAGUUAUUGAGUAAAUCAAAUCAACUUAAAAACGUUUUAGAUAGUCUAUACAGCCGAAAUAAAAUUGCAAGGUUUGUGAUUGAUGAGGCACAUUGUGUGUCACAAUGGGGACAUGAUUUUAGACCUGAUUAUAAACUUCUAGGGUCUCUUAAGGAAUCAUAUCCUACCGUGCCCAUUAUGGCAUUGACUGCUACUGCAAAUGAAGCUGUUCAAAAGGAUGUCUUAUUUAAUCUCAAGAUGAAAGAUUGUAAGGUUUUAAAACAGAGUUUUAAUCGAACCAAUCUAAUAUACCAAAUUGUUCCAAAGACGCAUAGAACAAUUUUAAACGAUAUGAAGAAUUUUAUUGAAGAGCAUAGAGGUCAAUCAGGUAUUAUAUAUUGUUGUACAAGAAAGGAUUGUGAACAGGUUGCGACAAAUUUGAGAACAGACUAUGGUGUCUCGAUUAAACAUUAUCAUGCUGCUAUGACAACAGAAGAACGACGCGAAGUGCAACAAGAAUGGCAAACAGGAAAAGUUCAAGUCAUUGCGGCUACGAUUGCAUUUGGUAUGGGUAUCGAUAAGCCAGAUGUACGAUUUGUACUCCAUUAUUCCGUACCUUCUUCAUUAGAAGGUUAUUACCAAGAAACGGGUCGCGCAGGUCGUGAUGGUUUACCUGCCACAUGUCGACUUUACUAUAACUAUAGUGACACUAAAACACAUAAUUUCUUAAUUGAUCAGGGAGAUGGUAGUUGGCAGCAAAAGCAACGACAACGAGAUAACUUGAAUACGAUGAUGCGAUUUUGUGAUAACGAGACUGAUUGUAGACGUAAACAGAUCAUGGGUUAUUUUGGUGAACGAUUUGAUCCUAGUCACUGUCAGCGCAUGUGUGAUAAUUGUAUGAGGAAUGAAUAUACAAGGACAGUCGUGAGGGAUAUGUCGAAAGAGGCUAUCAUUCUAAUCAACAUGAUUCAACAAAUUGACCCUGACCAUGUUACUUUAGCUCAAUUAGUGGACAUCUAUCGUGGAUCAAAGAAUAAGCGUAUUAUGGAGCAUGGUCAUGAUCAAUUAGAAGGCUAUGGACAUGGUAAAGCAAAGCAACGUACAGAAGUUGAUCGUCUCUUGAGAACAAUGAUUCAUGAUGAUGUGAUACGUGAAAAAUCUGAAUGUAAUGCAAAAGGAUUUCCUAUUACUCAUGUUACUGUAAGUACUAGUGUUAUCUCUUGA